AUGUAUAGAUUAAAUUCAUAUUUUCAAUAUCUGGAAGACGAAAUUAAAAUAAAUAUUUUUAAACAUGCUGAUCAUCCUUUUAAUUUAGCUCGUUCUUGUAAGAGUUGGGCAGCUGUCGCAAAAGAUUCGUAUGCUAAAACGGAAUGGCUGUUAGCCCGUUCAGGAAAAACUCAUGCGUUAUUUGUUGCCGUAAAGUUAGGACCAAGUUUUCUUACCAUUCCAGUAUGUCAAAAUUUACUUACAAGAAAGGUCAUCAUUUCGAGAUACUUCGUUCAAAGGUUAUUAAUGCAUUUUGGAAAGUACGAUCAAAAGUUGAUAGAUCUGAAAAUUGAACAUAACGUUAAUCAACUUGAGGCCGAUAGAAUCUGUGCAUUCCAGCAAAAAAUCAAAUCACCAUGGGCCAGCAAUUUAUCUUUACCAGUAUUCCUUUAUUUAUUAAACGAAGGAUGCAAUCAAUUAGGAAAUGCGGUUCCUUUAAAAGGAAAUGAUAUGGAACUAUUCCAUUUCCUUUCGGCUGGUCCUCACGUGAUCAAUUUCGCACCUGGAAUGCUGCGGAAGAAUUUAAAAGACAUCGAAGAUUUGAUUUUGAAUCAAAAGUUCAUUCCAUUUCCACCCAGGCCAAAAUCCAUUCAGCAACCACUUCCGGAAGAAUACCCUCCCAAAGAUGGUUAUGAAAAUCGUAGACAAUUAACCGUAAUUGCGAGAACAAUACUUAUCCACCCCGAUUUGGUGAAUUUAUGGAAACAAAUUGGUUAUGAAGAAAUCUGUGAAGAUCUUAAUGAUUUAGUAUUGCGUGGAGCAUUGCUUAUCCUUUUUCCAUCAGCGCCAAGUUCUGAUUGGGUUUGCCCAACCGUUUCCAAUGUAAUUUCACGUCUUAACGAUCUUAUAAGUUUGGGAUUCAUUUUAAAGGAUAGUGUUAUCAUUGAUGCUCUUCAUAUGUUUGAACAUCGCUUGGAUGAGAUUGGGAAUAUCCUCUGGAGCGUUUUCUGUACAAUUCGAUUCAGUGAAACUAUAGAUUCACUUGCUUUGAACUUUUUCCGAGAAGCAUUAAAACCAGAAAGAAAUCUGAAAAAAGAUUACUUGAUAAAUUUCCUUAAGUCAAAAUUUGAUCAUCAUGAACAAGUUAUUAAAGUUGUUGCACACUACUUUAAAAAUUGA